GCCUCGCUGCGAACUCAGGGACUCCCUACGCGCGGCGCUCGCUCGGCCCUGACUGCUCCCGUGCUCCUUCCCCCGCUUCUGUCUCCCGGCCAGGGGCGCAGGCUGGACAUGGCCUCAGCCACGGCGGCAGCCGCGAGACGGGGCGUAAGCCAGGCUCCCCUGCUGCUCCUUCGGCGCGGCUACCAGACCGAGCGGGGCGUCUACGGCUACCGGCCCAGGAAGCCCGAGAGUCAGAGUCUCCGGAGCGGCCUGGCGCGCCCCCCAGUUGAUCAUGGGCUUGCCAGGUUGGUGACAGUUUAUUGCGAACAUGGUCAUAAAGCUGCCAAGAUCAACCCCCUCUUCAGUGGACAAGCGCUGCUGGAUGACGUUCCUGAAAUCCAAGCCCUGGUGCACACACUGCAGGGACCCUUCAACACCACAGGAUUAUUGAACAUGGGGAAGGAAGAGGCCUCCCUUGAGGAAGUAUUAGCCUAUCUCAAUGAAAUCUACUGUGGGCAAAUUUCUAUUGAAACCUCCCAACUUCAAAGCCAGGAAGAGAAAGACUGGUUUUCCAAGAGGUUUGAAGAACUAAACAAGGAAACAUUUACCACGGAAGAGCGAAAACAUCUGUCAAAGCUAAUGCUGGAAUCUCAGGAGUUUGACCACUUUUUGGCCACCAAGUUUGCCACGGUGAAGCGGUAUGGAGGCGAAGGGGCUGAAAGCAUGAUGGGCUUUUUCCAUGAGCUGCUGAAAAUGGCGGCCUACAGUGGGAUAACUGAUGUCAUUAUUGGGAUGCCCCACAGAGGGAGGCUCAAUCUACUGACCGGCCUUCUGCAAUUCCCUCCAGAGUUGAUGUUCCGGAAAAUGCGAGGCUUAAGUGAGUUUCCAGAAAGUGUCUCAGCCAUUGGAGAUGUCCUGUCUCACCUGACGUCCUCUGUGGACCUGGACCUGGGUGCACCCAGUCCCCUCCAUGUUACAAUGCUGCCCAACCCAUCGCACCUCGAAGCUGUGAAUCCUGUGGCUGUUGGGAAAACCCGGGGCAGGCAGCAGUCCCGACAAGAUGGCGACUACUCUCCAGACAGUUCCGCUCGGCCUGGGGACAAAGUCAUUUGCCUGCAGGUUCAUGGUGAUGCUUCUUUCUGUGGUCAAGGGAUUGUUCCUGAGACAUUUACACUGUCUAAUCUCCCACAUUUCAGAAUUGGUGGGAGUGUCCAUUUGAUUGUCAAUAACCAGCUGGGUUACACCACUCCAGCAGAAAGAGGGAGGUCUUCCUUGUACUCUAGUGACAUUGGAAAGCUUGUGGGCUGCGCCAUCAUCCAUGUCAAUGGAGACAGCCCAGAGGGAGUAGUGCGUGCCACCCGGCUGGCUUUUGAAUACCAGCGCCGAUUCCGCAAGGAUGUGAUUGUUGAUUUACUGUGCUACAGGCAGUGGGGCCACAAUGAGCUGGAUGAGCCUUUCUUCACCAACCCAGUCAUGUACAAAAUCAUCAGAGCCCGAAAGAGCAUCCCUGACACCUAUGCAGAGAACCUGAUUGCCAGUGGACUCAUGACCCAGGAGGAGGUGUCUGAAAUAAAAGCCUCUUACUACGCCAAGCUAAAUGACCACUUAACUAACAUGACCCACUACAGCCCCCCGGCCACCCACCUGCAGGCCCACUGGCAGGGCCUGGUUCAGCCCGAAGCUUGCAUCACCACCUGGAAUACAGGUCUGCCCCUGGACCUCCUGCAGUUUGUCGGCAUGAAGUCUGUGGAGGUCCCAAAGGAACUCCAGAUGCAUAGUCACCUUCUAAAGACCUAUGUCCAGUCCAGAAUGGAGAAAGUGAUGAGCGGAACGAAUUUAGACUGGGCCACUGCGGAAGCUCUGGCCCUGGGCUCCUUACUUGCUCAAGGUUUUAAUGUCCGUCUGAGUGGUCAAGAUGUCGGCCGUGGGACUUUUAGUCAAAGGCAUGCAAUGGUCGUUUGCCAGGAGACUGAUGACACCUACAUCCCCCUGAACCACAUGGACCCUCACCAGAGGGGCUUCCUAGAGGUGAGCAACAGCCCGCUGUCUGAAGAGGCCGUCCUGGGCUUUGAAUAUGGAAUGAGCAUUGAGAGCCCAAAGCUGCUGCCCAUCUGGGAGGCUCAGUUUGGCGAUUUCUUCAACGGAGCCCAGAUCAUCUUCGACACGUUCAUCUCAGGAGGAGAGGCUAAGUGGCUCCUGCAAAGUGGCAUUGUCAUCCUGCUUCCCCACGGCUACGACGGGGCUGGCCCAGACCACUCAUCUUGUCGAAUAGAGCGUUUCCUGCAGAUGUGUGACAGCACAGAAGAGGGGGUGGAUGGAGACACUGUGAACAUGUUCGUGGUCCACCCAACUACUCCCGCGCAGUAUUUCCACCUGCUUAGACGACAGAUGAUUCGAAACUUCAGAAAACCCCUCAUAGUUGCUUCUCCUAAGAUGUUACUCAGGUUUCCUGCAGCUGUGUCAACUCUUGAAGAAAUGGCACCAGGAACCACAUUUAGACCAGUUAUUGGCGACUCAUCUGUGGACCCAAAAAAGGUCAAGACACUCGUAUUCUGCUGCGGCAAACAUUUCUACGCGCUGCUGAAGCAAAGGGAAUCUUUGGGGGCCAAGAAGCACGACUUUGCCAUCAUCCGAAUUGAGGAGCUCUGCCCUUUCCCCUUGGACUCCCUGCAGCAAGAGAUGAGUAAAUAUAAACACGUUCAAGCUGUUAUUUGGAGUCAGGAGGAACCUCAGAACAUGGGUCCAUGGUUUUUUGUUUCUCCAAGAUUUGAGAAGCAAUUGGCCUGCAAGCUCCGUCUGGUGAGCCGGCCCCCUCUGCCAGCACCUGCUGUGGGAAUUGGCACAGUCCACCUACAGCAGCACGAAGAAGUCCUCAGGAAGACCUUUGCUUGAUGUUGCCCUUUGAAGACUCCCUCCUCCGAUUCAGGAAAACUGCUAUAAAAAGAAAGGCCUGCUUCCUCUACCCCUCCUGUGUCUAUUAGGUGACGUGAAACGAAUUCCCCUAAGGUGUUGGGGUUGUUGUGGACAGGCUAAUCUGGAAAAGGUAGAAGCAGCAGGGGAAUCAGACCAGUAGAUUUGAUCCUUAAAAAUACAGGUGCUGUGUUUGGUUAGAUCUGACCUGGAGAACUAGGUCAUUAUGUUGAUGAUUUCAGAUGCCACUCUCAUUAACCAUACAUACUUGACCUGGAAAACUUUUUAAGACUCACUGUGGAGCCAGAUAGCAGGUGACCUCAGUUCUGCUUUUUGAUUUGUGUGCUGCAUGUCCCUUUCAUUGACUUUCCCCUUCCUUCUCCAAAGUCCCGUCACUACCGGUAUUUUCAUCUUCUGCAAUCUCUGGUGCUGCUUUCCAGCCACUCUACACAAGUAUUUCACCACACACUAGCAAAACUAGAUUGUUCCUGAUAUGUGUACUGCCAAGUCUUACCCAUUAUCCUUCAAUCUAGGUCCUAUUCAAUACGAAUUUCUGGGUGCAAGAUCUUACAGCACUGUAUUUUAAAAUUAAGGAAUUUCAGCUACAAUGACAUUACUCUGUAGGGUUUUUUUUUUGUUUUUGUGGUUUUUUUUUUUUUUUUUUUUUUUUUUGCAUAGUCUUUGCUUCUUGUUGUUCUGGUAGUAAAAUCUUACUAUUUCUAACUGACUUAGAUGUCUGACUGGGGGGUUUAAGUCCUCCUCAAUCAGUUUUGCCUCCAAAAGGCCCUGCUGCAAUACAAUGUUUAACGGGGGUGUUUAAAGAACACUUACACUUUGACAGAGGGACCUUGCCAACACCAGGUACUGAUGUACUCACCAACUGAUUCCCUCAGUCUGAAAUUAAAGCCUGUUCUAGAAGCAUAACUAAACAGCAAACCACAGAAGUUCCUUGGACCUGGUGCUGUGGAGGUGCCACCAGUUCCCAUUCUUGUGUCCUGACACUGUUUUCCUCAGAAGGGCAAGGGGAAUCCUGGGAGCUGGAAUGAGUCCAUGCCCUUUGCAUUUUUAUAGGCAACUCACCAUGACUUUCAGAAUCAAAUGAUAGCUUGUUCUGUCCACAGCAGCAGAUGCAUGAUUCACAUCUAAAAGUGUGCAGUAAAGUCUUGAUUUAACAUUCCUGUAGUGUACAAAAUCCUUUUCUUCUUAUAUACCUCAAUGCUUUCUUGCUCUGUCAAGCCUUAUAAAUCAGGUAACUUAGCGCCACUCAAGUAUGUAAGUUGGUAAAAUUACCAAAGUCUAUUUAAUGGGAAUGGUUAUCAAUGAUGCAUAUUUAAUUAGGAAAAAAUUAAAGCACAAUGUCAUUUUCAGAUCUCUUGGUUUCUUGAAUUAAAUCUCGAUCGUCUAGGCACAAAGUGAGCUGGCAGACUGUUUUUUCAGUGUAGAUCUUUCCAGAUCCCUCCCUAACUUUAUACCUCACGAGUCUAUCCACAGGUCUUCUCGAACCUGAGCCAUGAACUAUGUCUUCUGUCAUCUUAACCAUCCUGUUUUCAAUCUGAAUGACUUUGCAGGAAAGGACUAUUUGAAGAUUUCCAAAACAAAUACUCAUUUUUUUACUUUAUUCCUCCUAGAAAUUUAGUAAUGUGAUAUCUGUAUCCCAUUUAUAUCUAUUAUCUCUAUAUCCUCUUUACUCUAGUUUCAUGCCUAAUGAAGAAAAUAGCUUAUAUUGGGUAUUCUAUGAGUAGAAAUAUUAGCAACCAUGGAAGAAAAGUGACAAAUUAUUAUUAACUAAGAUCUUUCACACUGUAAGAACCAUUUUGCUCAGGUUUCUGUACAUACACUAUUUGGGAAAAGUAUUCCGAAGCACAGGCGUCUUUAGCCUAUUGCUUUUGAAGUUUGUUGUUGUUGUUUUAAUUUCUUGACUAACACUGGAAAGAGCAUCUCUUUUCACCAAAAUGAGGCAGCAGGGGGUUUCACAGGAAGGAAGUCACUGAUUAGGAAGUCACUGAUUUCUGAGUCUGAAGCUACCAUACACUUCACCUACAUUCUCUUGGAUGUUCUUGGAUAUUUGGCCUUCCAUCUUCAGCUUCUCGUAGAAUUCAGGCUAAAAUGAUCAUGCUUUGAGGGAAAUUUGGACAAGAUGUUUAAUCUUCAACAGCUCUUACGUUACUCUGUGGAUAUAGUAAUUCAUUGCCAUGUUUUAAUUAUGAUCAAGUACAAACUAAAGCAGACUGAUUUUCCUGCUGCCCAUGACACAAAUCAGUUAAUUUUAGAAAACCUUUAUAUUACUAUUCUCUUAUUUCCCUAUGUCUUCCUGAUUCAUAUGGAGAACCAGCUGUAAAUGAAGAACAUCAGGAAAAGAUCCUUAAAGAGUAGAGUGGUGUGUAGGGGCUGGCAUCAUGGGGCAGCCAGCUAAGCCCUUGCCUCUGUGGCUGGCAUCCCAUAUGAGUGCCCAUUCCAGUCCAAGCUGCUCCAUUCCAGAUUCAACUCCCUGCUAAAGUGCUUGGGAAAGCAGCUGAAGAUGACAUGACCCAAGUGCCUGGGUCUCUGCUGCCCAUCUGUACCCAUUUGGAGAGUGAACCAGGGGAUGCAAGAUCUCUCUUUUUCUCUGUAACUCUGCCUUUCAAGUAAAUUAAUAAAUCUUAAAAAAAAAAAAAAAAAAGAAGAGUUGAGUGCUGUUUCAUCCAC